GUAGCGACCAGGGAAAUCAGAAGGAAGGGGCCUGCCUGGCUCCGCGAAGGGCACCGCGUUCCUCCUCCGUCGCCUCCUCGGGAGGGAAGCUCUCGGCGGCCGCACGUGCCUCCCAGCCCAGGCUCCUCCCCUUCCCUCCCCCAGCCCGGGAGCGGCCGCGGGCCGCUUUCCUCUCCUCCUGUGGAGAUGGCGCUCGACCCCGCAGAGCAACAUCUCAGACAUGUCGAAAAGGAUGUUUUGAUCCCUAAAAUAAUGAGAGAGAAAGCCCGAGAGAGAUGUUCUGAACAAGUUCAAGAUUUUACCAAAUGUUGCAAGGACUCUGGAAUCCUUAUGGUAGUAAAAUGCCGGAAAGAAAAUUCUGCCCUGAAAGAAUGUCUAACUGCUCAUUACAAUGAUCCAGCCUUUUAUGAAGAAUGCAAAAUGGAAUACCUGAAGGAAAGGGAAGAAUUCAGAAAAACUGGAAUUCCUACCAAGAAAAGGCUACAGAAGCUUCCCACAAGCAUGUAGGCAUAUAUUCGAGAUACUCAGGAGCUCUGAUAUUCAUGGAAAUCAUUACCAGAAAUUACGGACUCAAGGAAGUGUUUGCUUUAUCCUAAAUUAUGGAAAUAUUAAUUUUAUCUGAAAUAAAAGAUUUUUUUAAACUUUCUAAGUUAAAUACCAAAAGGGAUGGGAGGAGUAAAUAUUGAAAUGGGAUAUGGUCUGCCUGGGCAUUAUAGAUUUUUGGUAAGUUUUUCCACUACUACAGUUUUCUAACAGUGAUACUGAUUUCUAGGGUUCUAUAUAGACCUUCUAUUAUUCCAUUCCAGUGUACAGACUAAUGGCUAAUCAGAGACGAGAAGUAACCAAAGGAAAGCAGGAGCUGUCAAAGGUGUUAAUAACAAGGCAGAUAGCAGAAUAGUUACAAACCAGAAUCCUUCCUGGGUCUAUAACUCGUUAUACAACCAUGGAAAUAAUUCUCAUUAUGAAAGUUACUGAAGGUAAGUCAGUUGGACAGUUCCAUGGUUAUUGUUAUUAGCAGUAAAGGAUUAUUUGGAAACACAGAUGAAGGAAGUACUUAUACAUGAAUUAAUUUUACUUACAUAUUUGAGGGAAAAUUUCCUAAAAUUGAAUUAUUAUGUUCUUUGACCUGUUUGGCUAUUGAAAAUAGUUUAGUUUAAUGAUUUCAGGAGCUAGUCUAAGAAAAUUGAGUGCAGUAAUUUGGUCCUAGGUUGAACUUUUAUAUUAAAAGUUGCUCCUUUUUUUCCUCCACGAACUGUUAACUCCUCACUGUAGUCACUGCAACGAGUUUCCAAGUAAGUAAGAUUUAUAUAUAUUUACAUAGUUCUCAUUAAAAUCACAAAUAGAAAUUACUACCUACUAGGAUUAAGAUUUAACUUUGGCCCCAAUCCCAUGAAACAGGUCUGAGAUUCUUUUUAAAGGACUUAGUUUAAAGCAGAUAGGACCCUAAAGAAUUCAAUACUUUACUCAAGUGAACCGCUCAGAGAACUAUUUUACUCUUACUUGAAACCCAAAGCAGCCACAUUUUCCUAGGUCACAGAUCAAAAGGAAGGUUACUAGAACAGACCAAAGCAAAGCAAAUAUAGAAACCUAGAGACCACAUACCAUAGGGGUAAACAAUUCUUCUGUCAGUCUUUUGGUGUUGGUACAUUUCCUAGAGCACAGGACCUGAAUUGUUUUAAAUGAUGCAGAUGAAGAAAAGGCAAAUAGUUACUUUAGGAAGGUAGUGAAAUAUAUAAUCUGUGGCUAAUUUAUAAUUUGGAUGAGAAUCAGAGAAACCACCUUCAAUCUUAUGUGGAAAAUUAAUUUAUGUAGAUGUUGCUUUCCCCAUAGGUGCUGGGCAGUAGGUUAUAUAAAUAUGUUCAUGCCUGUCAGAAACUAAACCACUGACUACAGCUUUCAGAAUAUCCAUGCCUGGCCCCCAAACUGGUCUACUUCACUCACUAGUACAGCUGCCUCAGUUGUUGUUUUGGUUGCUCAUUCAUUAUCUGGCUGGUAUUAUUAAGAGUGCACAGAUUUUCUUCCCCUAAGUAGACUACUUGACCCAAGUAGUCUUUUGGAUUAGAUCAUUACUGUUUCCUUACAAUUCAGGCUUGGUUCUUGAAGUUUGAAUUCUUCCUUAUUUACCUGUUUUUCUAGUGUUCCACAUAGGUAUGUCCCUGCUCUGUGUAGGAAUUAGGUUCCAUUUUGGCAGUACCUCAGUUUCCUAUUAGAGAAAAUAAAAAUUUUAUUUUUGCUAAUAGGAGGUCAAGGGGAGGGAGUGUCUUUGUUACUACCUGUGUUCUCUUCUAUGUAAAUGUAAACCUGGUUAUGGUAAAAAUCUAAAGAUUAAAGAAAUUUUUGAAGGAA